AUGGCAUAUAAUAAUGAUUUUAAUUCAUUAUUAUCACAAUUACAAGAACUUGAAAAGUCAAAAGAUUAUUUAACUAUUGGUAGAACAUUAGAUCGUCGUUUUGAUUCAAAAAUUAAUGAUAUUAUUAAAAAAUGGAUAUCAAAUGAUAGAUUAUCGGAUGAAGAAAAAAAAUUUAUUGAUUUAUAUUCAAAUCUUCAAUUAUAUUUUGUUGAAUAUUGUGUUUUUGAUUCACAACUAAUAAUAAAUAAUGAAGAUAUUAUUGAAUUAUUUCGUACAUGUUUAUUUCGAACAAAACAAAUUGAAGAUUUAAAACAAGCUGUUAUAUUUGUUCGUGAUGAACAACCAUCUAAUGAUAAUACAACUGAAGAAGAUGAAAUGCUAAUUUAUCUUAUGCGUAUGCUUGAUGCACGAUCACUUGCGUAUCGAUUAUGUUUCAGAGAUCUUAAUCCACCUCCAAAAAAUCUUAAUAAUGAACUUAAUUUAUGCCUUACUCAUUUUCAUGCUAAAAAUUAUUUAUAUAAUAUGAACUCAAAUAAUAAUACAAAUAAAAAUAUGCAUGUUAGUUAUCGUCAUAGAUUUUUUAUUGGUUGUUGUACAUUUGCUGUUGCAUCAUUCGAUGAAAAUAGAGGAUAUUUAAAAAAUGAUGAUAACAAAAAAUAUAUUUGUUUACUUGCAAAAUAUAUUCGAAUUGUGUUAAGUCAGAAAAAUUUCGAACGAAAUAAAUCAUUUCUUUAUUGUCUUCGUGGUAUUCUUGCCUUACUUACUAAUUGUGUUCCUACGGAAAAUUGGAUUCAUAUUAUUAAUAGAGCAUUAGCAAAUACAAAUGAUGAUGAUGCACAACAAGCAAAUCCAUUUAAUAUUGAUCUAUUUUCUUUAAUAAUUAUUCGGUUACUAGGAUCAAAUAUUCUUCGAGAUACAGCAAUUCGAUCAGAUUCAAAUGAUAUUACUUCGUUAGUUGAUGUGGCACUUAUAUUUCUUAACAAAUGGUAUGCUACAUCAAUAGAUCUAAAUGAUAAUGAUGAUGAUGAUGAUGAUGAUGAUGAAAAUAAUAACACAUCUUCGUCAUUGGAUGAACCAAAUCAAGUUCUUCGUCUAUUGCGUUCGAGUGUAGUGAAAGAUGGCAAGUUAACUCCAAUAGUAGAUGAAAACUUGAAGACAUCUAAAAAAAAAAAUUCUAGUAGAGAUCAACAAUUAAAUACAUCUCAAAUAAUAAUUCCUUAUAUUGAUGCAAAAUAUGAUCGUCUUCGUUUUAUGGCCAUGUCAACAUUAUCAUGUACAAUGGAUUUUCACGAUUUUUCAGUUUUACAAAAGAAAAAACCCAAUAUGGCUCAAGAUAUAGUAAAAAUUAUAUUUGAUUUUAUUGAUCAAGCAGUUGCUCAAGAAAAUUUGCAAUAUAAAGGAAUAUCAUUCGAACUACUUCUCCGUUAUUUACUUCGAUUUCUUGUCCAAGAUUUUGUUAAAGGACCAACGAUUCCAUAUAUAUCAAAAAUCGUUCAUUACGCAGAACAACGUCAUUUAAAUGCACUUAAAAUUCUUCGUAAAAUUUCUUCAUCACCAGAUAUGAAACAAGGCCUUAAAAAUAAUAUCGAAUUAAACGAAUUUUUAACAACUAAAGCUCCUGCUUUAUUUGCUAGUGAUCCAAGAAUGAAAAAAAUUAUCGAACAAAUUCGUCAAAAUCUUGCACCCGAACAGCAAUACGAGCCUCUAAUUUCAGUUGAUACGAAUAGUCGACAAGCGUUUAUUUCCUAUAGUCAUCGUGAUAAAGUUCAAUGUGAUAGAUUUGUUCAAGCAUUAGAACAAGCCAAUCUUUUUAGAAAUGUUUGGGUUGAUAGAAGGUAUAUGAGAGAUGAUAUGGUUGAUACAAUAACAAGUGCUAUUCGACAAUCAAAAGUUGUUUUUGUUCUUCUUAGUAAUGCAUAUUGUACAUCAGAUUUUUGUCGACGUGAAUGGCAAUUUGCUAUAACCAAAAGUAUUAAAGUUUAUCCUGUUUUUGUUCAAGAAGAUUUUCAAAGAAAUACCUUUGAUUGGGUAGUAUUCAAUAUUGGUCACAAUCGUUUUUAUAAAAUUUAUAAAGAUGGUGAAUUACAACAUUUAAUCAAGAAUUUACGUCGUGAUGAGCAUGAACAAUCAAAAUCACCACUUGAUUUAAAUGAAUCACAAGUAACAAUAGCAACAACAAUAGAAACUAAUCCAUUAGAUAAAGACGCAAAUUUGAAAAAAAAACCAAUAGCUAAAUGGACAUCCGAAGAUAUUCAAAAUUGGUGUCGUACAAACAACCUUGAAAAAUGGCGUACACCAUUAAAUAGUUAUCAUGGCAAAGCUUUACUUGAACUAAAUAGAAUGUUAGAGAAUGACACAAAUCUACAAUAUAUUGUCAAUGGACGUGACAUAAAUUUGACUGAUGUAGUUCUACUUAAAUGUGAACUUCAUAAAUUAUUAUCGAAAAGAAAAACAAUACGUAAACUACCAAAGAAAAAAGACAUAACGAAACAUCGUUCCACGGACAUAUCAACUAAAUAA